AUGCAACUUUCGUGCAACUUUCAUGCAAGUUUCAUGCAAGUUUCAUCCAAAUUCCAUGCAAGUUUCCUGCAAGUUUCAUGCAAAUUCCGUGCAAGUUUCAUCCGAAUUCCCUGCAACUUUCCUGCAAAUUCCCUGCAAGUUUCCUGGUGCAAAUUUGCUGCAAGUUUGCUGCAAGUUUCUCUCUCAAGUUUGCCUUUGCUUUGUUGCCACUCUUCUGAGAGUGUCCUUCCUCAAAUCAUUCCCCCAACAACAACCCCACCAGCACCACCGCCCCAAACACAAAUGCCAACAGCAGCAGCAGCAACAAUAACAGCAGCAGCAGCAAUAAUAACAGCAGCAGCAGCAGCAGCAGCAAAAAGACAGCUUCUCUCUCUGUGUUUGUGCGUGUCAGUGGACAACCUGAGUCGGUACCAGAGCAACAUGAUAGCGCUGAGCAACGCGCUCUUCCACUCCGCGAAGGCGAAGGCCGAUUGGAUAAUUGUGCAGGGCCACCACCCACUGACAUCGACGGGGGCUGAGGCCGAGGAGGCUCGCAUGGCUUACAUCGAGGACUUGGUGAAAAACGGCCGUCCGCGGGGCCCCGAGCAGCGGCUGAUGGACUUGUUGACAAACUACCAAGUAGACGCUUAUUUGUCGGCUCAUGACCACUUACUGGAGUAUAUAUCGCUCUCGGACUUGGAGAAAAACAGCACUCUGGCGCUGGUGACCAGCGGCAGCGCCGCGCGGCUCAUGGGGGGCGCCGCGGGCCGCGGCUGGCUCGGCCGCGCCCGCGGGCGGCUCUUCCCGCUGCUGUGUUGGGCUGGAAAGCGAAUUUUCUACAAGUUGGACCCGGGGGGCUGCAAGCCUUCAGAGAAAGAUCAGGCAUUGGCUUACAAGUUCUACGCGCCGGCGGGCAGCAGCUGGCGCCUCAGCGUCAAGGAGCGGGUCUUGGGCUCUCCGGGCUUCGCCUCUUUGCAGCUUUCCCGGGAUUUUCUCGUGGUGGACUUCAUUAAUGGCCAAACUGGAAAGCCUGUGGGCCGGCGGCUGCACAAGCGCAGCAACAGGGAGGCCAGAGCCGCCAAGUUCCCGGACUUCUGGGAGGAAGCGGACUUGAAGUUGAAAGAGUUGAACUUGGACCACGAGGCCUUCGAGGAGGAAAACCGCGAACGCGUGGCCAGCGAAAUCGCCUUCCAAAGCCGGACUCCGGUGCUGGCCGAGCGGCUGCGACUUUACGAGAAAGAACUCACUGACAUGCAUGCAGACUACCAGCAGCUCAAGGCCAAGAAAGCCAUGUACGAGACCAUGACUGCGCAGAAGGCCGCGGCGCUGGAGGCCCAGGGCGAAGUCCUUCGCGAGUCGGAGUUGAGCGAAGGCAUGUACGAACAGACGGAGAGGAUUCUCGAACUCAUGUACAUCAUUGCUUCUCACCACAAGUACUUGUGGGAGCGCUACGAGCAGCUGCGGGCUCUCCGCCGCCAGCUGCCGCCCCGGGACGCCAGCCAGGCCGAGGGGCUGCUCAAGUUGGAGAAGAAACUCGCCGAAGUGCUGCGCCAGCGGCGGGACUUGAACAAAAAGUUCGUCGACCAGAACGCCCACCCGACGCCUGCGGACGCGGAGCAAGUCAAGGACCUCGUCCUCAAGUCCCGCGUGCUGCGCCGCGACAUAGCUGAGUUCGAGCAGGUCCAGCGGCAGCAGGAAGCCGCUGCUGCUGCGGGCCAGCAGCAGGCUGCUGCUGCUGCUGCUGCUGCUGCGGCGAGCGGGCUCGCGCGGCCGGCGGGCGGGGAAGCGGGGGCUUCCGGGCCCGAAAGUGGGAAAAAAGAAGCAAAAGAGGAAAAGAAAACUGAGGCGAAAGAAAGUUUCGAAGAAGCUCCGGUGAAAGCGCUGGAUCAGUCGGUGGAGGCGCGGCUGGAGCGGCGGCGGCGGCUGCUGGCGGAACACGAGCGGGUGCUGAGCAGCAUCGAGAGUCUGUCUUCGGGAGAAAGAGAAAAGUUGAAGUCCGAAACGGAAAUGCUGCGGAGGCAGCAGGAGAAGCUGAAGGCGGAGGUGGAGCGGCUGCAGCAGCUGCAGACCCGCAAGCGCUGGGCCGCGGACCGGCGGCCCUCGGAAGUCUGGGAAAAGCGGACUCAAAAACACGAACUUGAACAGACUUUGCAGCAAUUAGCGGCUUACAGAGCAUCGCUCACGAGUUUGCCGAAGGUGCAGCGGCGCACGAAGGACUUGAGCGACGCCGUGGCCAACAUCGACUUGCAAACGCUGGACCUGGAGGAGCAGCUGCAGGACCUGGCGGACGAGCUGCACGGCGCAGCAGCAGCGACGCAGCAGCAGCAGCAGCUGCAGCAGCUCAACGACAAGCUGCGGCAGCUCGCGCUGCUCGUCGACAGCAAACAAACCCUCCCCCCCGAGGCGCUGCAGGACCCCGCGAUCAGCAGCAGCUUCGCGGAGGCCGAGGAGGCGCUGCUGCUGCUGCAGGCCGAAGUCGAAGCAGCAGACGAGGCCGUUCGUAAGGAACUCAACGACUUAGACGAAAACUGGCUUCGCAGAAUGAUCAUCAGAGGAGCUGAUGUGCAGCAACUCGCGGAGGAGUUCUCCAUCGAUCCCGAACUUGUUAUUGAAGAAGACAGAAGACUCCGCGAAGAAGACCCCCGCAGGCAGCUCGCCUGGGCCGAGGAGCAGGAGUGGUUUCUGGGCAGCAAGCUGGAGGCGCUGCUGCAGCUGCCGCAGGAGCAGCAGCAGAAGCUCGCCGAGCAGCAGCAGCAGCUCCAAGACAAACUCCAGCACGUCCGCGAGCUCAAGCAGCAGGCCAUCAAGGACCUGCAGCAGAUCGACCCAGAAGCAGCAGCAGCAGCAGCAGCGGGAGACGCAGGCGCUGCAGAGCAGCAGCCAGCUGCAGCAGCACCGGGAACCGAGGCAGCAGCAGCAGCGGGAACCGAGGCAGCUGCUGCAGCGGGAACCGAUAAAGCAGCAGCAGCAGCGGGAACCGAGGAAGCAGCAGCAGCAGCGGGAACCGAGGAAGCAGCAGCAGCAGCGGGAACCGAGGAAGCAGCAGCAGCAGCAGAAAAAGCCAAGGCAGCGCCUCGAGAAGCCAACGCUGCGCAAGACGCCGCUGCCGAUUCAACAGAAAUGGAAACGGAAGAAAAAGAACUGCAGCAGCAGCAGCAGCAGCAGCAGCAGCAGCAGGAGCAGCAGCAGGAGGAGGGAGAAGAGGAAAGCGGGUCUUCCGAAGCGUCGACAGUGUCCUCGGAGUCUUCCUCCUCCUCGUCGUCAGGUGUACGUACACCUGGCGGCGGCGCAGCAGCAGCAGCAGCAGCAGCAGCAGCAGAGGAGGAGGACGACGACUCGGUGAUAUUCGAGGAUUCGGACUCGAGCUCGUCGGGCUCCUCCUCCGAAGCCUCUGCUGCUGCUGCUGGCCCAGCAGCAGCAGCAGCAGCAGCAGCAGCAGCAGCAGCCUCGGAGUCGGAAGACUUGAACUUGGAAGACAUGCUGGUCUCUGAAGAGGGGCUGCCGCGGGGGCGAAGGCUGGCGGCGCUGAUGGAGUGGUUUCAACCCAAGAAAGAAGAAACGCCAGUGAAGGAACUGCCCAAGAUCGACUUGGGGCCCAAAGACCCCUGCGAGGGCGAGCCGAUGCUGUACGUGGUGGUGAAGAAGGCCAUCAACGCGGAGUACGCGGCGAACUUCGCGGAGAGGUGCAAAAAGGUCUUCGCCAACAGAGCCCACCGGAGUCAGCGGCGCUUCCUGGGCCUCUUCGACGACUCGGGCACCCCCGCCAUGUACGAGGCGCCGCACCCGCACAUCACCCGCGGGCUGCAGCAGAUCUUCGGCAGCAGCCACGUGGGCGCUUUUGCGAAUCUCGUCAAGGAUAUCCGCAAGCGGCUGCUGGCUCUCAACGAGAAAAUCGGAGUUGCGCCUUUGGAAGACCCCACGGCGCCCGCGGAGGCCCCCGAGGCGCCGCCCGAGGAGGAGUUCGCAGUCGACGACGACGACUGA